AUGUCAAUGAAGAGUAUCUCAUUUCUUGCAAGUCUGUCUCUCUUUGCUUUAACAUUUCAAUUCGCCAUUGCCGCUGAUCCAAGCCAACUUCAAGACUUCUGCGUGGCAACAAACUCCCCAGUAAAUGGUGUUUACGUGAACGGAGAGUUCUGCAAAGACCCAGCGCAUGUCACAGCGGAUGACUUCUUUUUCCCAGGGCUUAAUGUGCGAAAAUCCACAAAUAAUCAAAUUGGUUCCACUGUGACAUUUGGCUAUGUUAAUAACGUUCCAGGGUUAAACACCCUCGGACUAUCCUUUGCCCGAGCAGAUAUUGGAGUGAACGGUCAGGUCAAGCCUCAUAUCCAUCCACGUGCCAGCGAGAUCUUCGGUGUCGCAGAAGGAACAAUUUUGGCAGGUUUUAUUUCGUCCGACCAACGCUUCUUCACAAAAAUCCUACACGUGGGAGAUGUAAUGGUGUUCCCACAAGGACUCAUCCAUAUCACAGCCAACGUGGGAAAUGUCCCAGCAGUUGCAUUCGUUGGUUUGAACAGUCAAGACCCUGGUGUUAUCUUUGUUGCUGAAAACGUGUUUGGAUCUAACCCACCGAUAAACGCGACUAUUCUUGCAAAGGCGUUUCAGCUGAACGUCACGACGGUCAUGGAACUACAGGCCAAGUUCUGA